AUGUCGUCCAGGCAAAAUUUACAAUGGUUUGAAAAUCGUUCUAAUGAUUAUAUUGAACUUGCAUCAGAAGAAAAUAAACCAACAAUAAAUCAAUUAUCUGAGUAUAAUUCGGAUGGUUCCCUAGUGUCAACGUCAGUUAAUCAACAUCCACCAACAACAUUAAUCAUUAAUGACGGAAAUACAAAUUAUAAUGAUAAUGAUGACAGAAUACAAACAUCGAAUACUAAAAUAGCUGAAAGUCUUGAACAACAUAAUGAAUCUACCAAAGUUCGAUCUUCUUCGGUUGCUAGUGUUUCGGAAGAAUAUGACUCUGAUGAGGAUUAUAAAGCAUUCAAAAAAUCGAAAGAAGGUUCACGACUAAGUCUGGCAAGUAUAAUAAGUGAAGCAAAGGCUCAUUACGACCUUGAAAUAUCGGGUUCAAUUGAUCUAAAAAUAAGUUAUAAUUCUAAAACCAGCGCUGUGGAAGUCUUCAUUAUUAAAUGUACAGACUUAGCACGUGCAAAAAGAAAUUCAUCUGAUCCCUAUGUUAAAAUUUAUCUACUACCUGAUCGUUCAAAAGCAUCAAAACGAAAAACAACCACCAAACAAAAUACAACAGAACCAGUUUUUGAAGAACAAUUUCGAUAUAAUAUACGUAAACAAGACUUUGAGACAAGAGUACUUUGGAUAUCUGUAUGGAGUGAAGAAAAACUUGGUAGCAAUGAUUUUUUGGGUGAAAUUCAUAUACCAUUAGUAGAUUGUACAAUGGAUAAAAUUGAAACACAUACACUAUUAGCAAGAUCACACAACGAUGAUUCAAAUUUCGGUAACAAAUCAACAUUGAGUCCAGGUGAUAUUGAAUUUCAACUAUCCUUUAUCGCAAAUCCAAAAAAUAAAGAAAUUGGUACAUUGCAGGUGACUCAUAUUAGUGCAAAAAAUAUUUAUCAUGGUAAACAUACUGUUGACGCCUUUAUUAAAGGGUUGUUGUAUCCAGAAAAAACCAAACGAAAAAUACCAAAUAUAAGUAAAGGUCCAAAUCCAAAAUGGGAGGCAUCGCUAAAAUAUGAAGGCGUUGCGUUUUCUGAUUUAAAUGAGCAAGCGUUAGAACUAAGUAUAUGGAAUCAAGAAAGAUUUCGAAAAAGUAUGCUUGGUUAUGUGAGAUUAAAUCUUGCAGCAGGUAAUCUUUGA